GUCAAAAAGAAGUCCUCUGUUGGAUCCAAAAGCGGUAAUAGCCACCCCGGCGAUCGUACCUUCCCCACUAUCGGCCCUCUCUACUCGCACCACGAAGGAAAGAGUCAACGGCGGCAGAAAGUUGCUUAGUUGCCGCCGGCGCCAGGACAUUUCUUCCCUCCUUGAGCUCCUCCAAAAGGAAUCCCUUUCCCUCUCCCCCACCUCGAGUCUCACUCAUCCAUCGCCAAUCCUGCUUCCGGUGGCUGAACAUUCAAUUCGCCUUCAGCUCUAUACCGUCAUCAUGUCCGCCCCACGACCAGUUUCGCGAUGCGUCCAGCGAAGUUCGAGGGUGCUUUCUCGCUCCCAAUUUCGUCCCGCCAGAUCUAACCUCUCUAUCGCCACAAUCUCAGCCAGAUCCUCUAUUACAGGAAGGACAUCUACGACAGUAUGGUCUGGCGCAAGAGUUCCAAUGGCUUCUCGUGCCUUUAGCACUACCUCUCGACUUCGAGAUGAUGACCAAGAUUUCGACCCCGCGAGCGUUGAGCGAGAGUCCGACGAGGUUGAUGUCUGUAUUGUAGGAGCUGGUCCUGCUGGACUCAGCGCCGCUAUUCGUCUCAAGCAGCUUGCUAAUGAAGCUGGAAAUGAGGAUUUUCGGGUACUUGUCCUGGAAAAGGCUGGCGACCUCGGCGCUCACAUCCUCUCUGGAGCUGUGAUCCAGCCCACCUCCAUCAACGAACUUAUCCCUGACUGGCUCGACGAGAACAAUCCUAAUCGUUUCGAACAUGCCACUCCUGCUGGCACCGACCGUAUGCGAUUCCUCACCAAGAACUCUGCUAUACCCAUUCCAGCGCCUCCUCAGAUGACCAAUCACGGAAACUACAUUGUUAGCUUGAACCAAUUCGUAAAAUGGCUUGGAGAGCGGGCUGAGGAGAUUGGUGUUGAGGUUUACCCCGGAUUCGCUGCCUCUGAGGUCGUUUAUGCUUCAGAUGGUUCAGUUAAGGGUGUCGCCACCAACGACCUAGGGGUUGGCCGUGAUGGCAAGCCCAAGGAAACGUUUGAGCGAGGCAUGGAGUUCCAUGCGAGAGUGACCAUGUUUGGCGAGGGAUGCCAUGGAAGCCUGAGCAAACAGGUUAUCAACAAAUUUGAUCUGCGUAGGGACAGCCAGCAUCAGACUUACGGCCUUGGUGUCAAAGAGGUUUGGGAGAUUGAUCCUGCCAAGUUUGAAAAGGGUUUAGUUGUGCAUUCAAUGGGUUACCCGCUACCCAAAGAUGUGUACGGUGGCUCUUUCAUGUACCACUUUGGCGAGAAUCUUGUUCAGAUUGGUCUCGUCGUCUCGCUUGAUUACUCGAACCCUUGGAUGUCCCCUUACCAGGAGUUCCAGAAGCUGAAGCGGCAUCCCUUGUUCCGUGAUGUCCUCGAGGGCGGCAAGUGCAUCUCGUAUGGUGCUCGAGCUCUUAUUGAGGGUGGCUUCCAGUCUAUUCCCAAGGUCGCUUUCCCAGGUGGUGCGCUCAUUGGUGACUCGGCUGGCUUUGUCAACGUUCCGAAGGUAAAAGGCACUCACAAUGCCAUGAAGUCAGGCAUGCUUGCCGCCGAGGCGGCAUGGACUGCUAUUAGUGAAAAGACCGAUGAAGGCACAGUAUUCUUGUACGACUAUGAGAACAAGUUGAGAGAUUCUCCCAUCUGGAAGGAACUCAAGGAGGUGCGCAACAUGCGACCAUCUUUCCACACUCCUCUCGGUCUUUAUGGCGGUAUCAUGUACUCUGGUCUCGAGGCUUAUGUCUUCAAGGGUCGCGUUCCUUGGACACUUAAGCAUAAGACUCCCGACCACGCUGCUACUCUUCCUGCCGAUAAGGUCCCCAAGAUCGAGUACGAGAAGCCUGACGGCAAGCUCACCUUUGAUAUCUUGACGAGUGUCUCCCGAACAGGAACCAAUCAUGAGGAGGAUCAACCGGUUCAUUUACAAGUCAAGGACUGGGACGCUCAUACUGAGUCAACAUACCCUCCUUUCAAGGGUCUGGAGAACCGAUUUUGCCCAGCUGGCGUUUACGAGUAUGUUGAGGACGAGUCAAAGCCUCACGGCGUGCGUUUCCAGAUUAACGCGCAGAACUGCAUCCAUUGCAAGACGUGCGAUAUCAAGGCUCCUCACCAGGACAUCAACUGGCAGGUGCCCCAAGGAGGUGAAGGUCCUAAAUACUACAUGACCUAAGAAAACCAAACGCUUGUUCUUUUCGGAGCAACACUUUUUCGUUAUGUAUUCUGUAUGAUACCUUGUUUAUAUACCUGGAUGCAUCAUUGGCGCGUUGGGGACAGUCAAUUGGUAUAAGGUCGAGAGUAAGAAAUGGGAAGGUUUGACAUUUGGAGCAUAUUGGAGUCAUGGUACAAAUGCAAAAUUAUGACUUUUGGUACGGAAUGAAGAUCUAGACUAUAACAUCGGCGGGCGACCGAUAGUAUGCUGGAUAGCACAGAGGUGCUUAUUCUUCAGCUCGAAGCAAUCGAGAUGCUGUCGUUGCACAGGAAGGUCACUUGAGCCGCAUGGACUUGAGCUUAUCAGCAUGUGAACAAAGAGGAAUGGCGAAAGCCUAGAGCGUCCAAUGUGGAGAGCCUGGUCCUUGCGGAUUCCGCGGCUAUGUCUCUUGACAUGUGCGGAUAUUUCUUUGAAUACCAACAUGAUAAUUUCAAUGGCUGGACGAUCAAAUCACAUAUACUUGAGGCAAUAGGUAAAGAACGGCUUGGAACAUACUUAGUUCAAGUGUGAUGACAAAGGAAUCAAGGCUUAUCUUUUCUGUCAUCCAGGUAACGAGAUAGCUUUGCGAUCGCCCCCACAAAAGAAGAGCAAUCUUGUUCAAGCAAACCAUGCAGUGCGGAGUCGGUUCAUGCCCCAGCCAAAUUUGCCUAUGGACCAAGAAGCUAGCGAGACAUGGCGGAUCCUGGUAGAACCGCGAAGAAGUUCAAAUGAGGCUGGUUGGUUCCUCUGAGGAUGAACGGUCUGUGGAGUUCCUGUCCAAACCCAGGCCAGGACUGUGAUAAGUCGUGGGACCAGAAAAUUGUUAGUGAGGUACUUGUGUCAGCAAGCCCCGGGUAAUUUGACGCGUUCUCGUAAGAGGUAACCACACUUGGCGAUCCUUGACAAUCAAAAUUUUCGUGUCACCACUCGGCGUCAAAUUGACGGUGGCAUCCUGGAACGUGUCCUCAAUGCAGACUGGGGUUUCCAAGAGUCACGGCAUGCAGGCUUCGAAAGUCUAGCCCAGGCGUUGGGAGCCAUGCAUCACUCUACGCUCAGUCUCGCAUGACAAGAAAGCGGUGCAAAAGCUGGUAGACGCAGCGUGAUAAAUAAAGAAUGCAUCAGCAUCCAAAAGUGAACAACCAUGACGACUGCAACAUUUAUGGCGGCUGCCAGCAAGUCGUUGUACUGAGUACAUUGUGCAAGAAGCCAGUCAGUGGGCGCACAGAUCCAGCCUCCCUAGCACUGCGAGGGGGGACAGUUUGCUGGCUAACUGCUUCCUGGUUGGCCACAGUUGAAUGACUCACAGAGUCAGCGGGCGGUUGGGGGCUCAAAAUGAGAGGGCACGAAAAAAGAAAAACCCCAUAACCUGCCUUUUACUUCCUUGUCGCUCGCUGACUGGACACGGAAAGGCAAAAUUCAGUAAAAAUUGCUGCUGUGCGGAGUGUCCGUAAAUCAGGCUUUGUGCAGUCAGUUAGUCGCGUGAUAUGUUGACUGAGCCAUAUUCUUGUUGCAGGUCAUGGCGUGACUUUGCUGAUGAGACGCUUGCGAGACGACUAUCGCAGUGAAAUGAGCGCGAUUCAAAUGACCCUGCUCAAGAAGCUGAGGUGACGACGCGUAGUGAAGGAGGGCGCGUGGGUUGAACAAAACAGUCAGUGAAGGGGGCAGAGCGUGUUUCAGGGUCCCAUCGUCUUGGUGGUUAGGCAAGAGUCGGUGGUUGGGUUGGGUUGGAAGAAAAAAGUCCCACGGGGGGCGAGCAAAGGGUUUGACAGGGCGGAGCAUGGCUAGAACCAGAGUUAGUGGUGCCCGCUCCGAUAAGGAGCGUCGGGGAUACGCGACUGCGAUUGGGGCAACAGAGGCGAUCUUGGUGCGCCAACGAGCGAGAGCAAUCAGAGUCAGUCUGAAUGAGUGGAAAGCCUAAAAAGUAACCAACCACGCCAGCACGCCUAGUCGGACUAGCCCCCCGGCCCAUAAUUCCAGUCCGUAUCCGAGGUCCACAGGACUGCGAGUCUCCAUGGAUAGGCGCUGUGACGCUGUUGUCGCCGCCGGAUUGCGUGCUGAUGCCGUCGCAGUAUCCGGCUUGAGUCAAGCCAGUCCAGGUCAAGGCAGGCUCUGCUCGUCGAUGGGUCUCGGUGCCCGCCUUUGCUGCCUUUCGUGAUCGUUCCCGUCGGUGUUUGGCAUCGUUUUCGUCCAUCUCGACUCAGUCGGUACCGGUUCACGUCGUCCUUCGCUCUCACUUCAUUCUAUACCGUGUGUUGCCUUGAUCAUCUUCGGGGUUAUCGCCGUCGUUCGUUAUCAAAAUCGAUCCAACAUUUCGUAGCUGCGUUUUGACUUGCAGAUUGCAGUUGUGGGUUGUUGGAGAGGAGGAGGUGAAAGGUGAGAAGUGAGGUGAUGGAGGGACAGAAAAUAAAGUGCGGGGAAAGAGAUGACGACAGCAAAAAACUAGCAGCCAGGAAAGGAGGAAAACUGUUCACGCCAAGCUGUGGAAGAAAUAAUCCCGAUACUUGUGAACGGGUGAGAGAGA